AAAGCCCCCGCGGGGGCCGCCGGGAAGUGUCAUGGCGGCGGGCAGUGACGAGGGCGCCUCCGCCGCUCCGUUGGCCACCGGCUGCAGCAGCAUGGACAGCGAGGAGUCACCCACCUGCCGGGUGCCCGUGGUGGACGUGCAGAGCGACAACUUCAAGGAGCUGUGGCCCUCCAUCCUCCUGGCCAUCAAGACGGCCUCCUUCGUGGCCGUGGACACGGAGCUGAGUGGGCUUGGGGAGAGGAAGAGUUUGCUGAACCAGUGCAUCGAAGAGCGCUACAAAGCCGUCUGCCGGGCCGCCCGCUCCCGCUCCAUCCUCUCCCUGGGCCUCGCCUGCUUCAAGCAGUUGCCGGACAAGGGGGAGCACAGCUACCUGGCCCAGGUGUUCAACCUGACCCUGCUGUGCGCCGAGGAGUACGUCAUCGAACCCCAGUCCGUGCGCUUCCUGGUCCAGCACGGCUUCGACUUCAACCGCCAGUACUCGCGGGGGAUUCCCUACCACAAGGGCAACGACAAGGGCGACGAGAGCCAGACCCAGUCGGUGCGGACGCUGUUCCUGGAGCUGAUCCGGGCCCGCCGCCCCCUGGUCCUGCACAACGGGCUCAUCGACCUGGCGUUCCUCUACCAGAGCUUCUACGCCCACCUGCCCGAGGCGCUGGCCACCUUCACCGCCGACCUCUCCGAGAUGUUCCCCGCCGGCGUCUACGACACCAAGUACGCGGCCGAGUUCCACGCCCGCUUCGUGGCCUCCUACCUGGAGUAUGCCUUCCGCAAGUGUGAGCGGGAGAAUGGGAAGCGGCGGGCGGCCCAAGACCCCCACGUGGCCCUGGAGUUCUGCAGGUACCCGGCCAGCAUGAGCCCGCACCUCGACUACCGCUGCUGCGGCUCCCCGGACCCCCCGAGCCCCGACCCUCCCGGAGCCGGCCCCUCGGCCGCCGUCUGCGAGACUUUCUCGGCCUACGGCUGGUGCCCCCACGGGCUGCAGUGCUCUCACUCCCACGACGUCGACCUCAUCAUCGACGCCGACGAGGCUGCCGCGGAGGACAAGCGCCGGCGGAGGCGGCGGCGGGGCGGGAAACGCCGCAAGGAGCCCGCGGACGAGGCCGAGGCCGGGGCCGAGCGGGCCGGAGCGGAGGCGCCCGAGGGGGCCGAGGACGGGCCGCCCCACAAGCAGACCUGCGGCCAGGGGCCGGGGGAGGACGGGGCCCGGGCCGCCCCCGCCGCCGGCGAGACGGGACCGCGGGAGGGGGUCAACGGCGUGGGGCCCAGCCAGGGGCCCAACGGGGAGGAGGCGAUGGAGACGGGGCCGGGCCCGGCCGAGCCGGCGGGGGAGGAGAAGGGCAGCGGUCCCAGCCCCGGGCCGGGCGGGGGGCCGACGCCGGUGGCCCCCGGCCAGCUGGGCCGGCGGGCGGGGGGCGGGCUCCACCGGGCCGGCUUCGACGCCUUCAUGACCGGCUACGUGCUGGCUUACAUGGGCCUGGCCGGGGACUCGCCCCUGCCCAGCUCUGGGCCCUGGCUGCCGGACUGCCAUAACAAGGUGUACUUGAGCGGGAAGGCUAUGCCCCUCACCGUGGCCAAGAGCCUCUUCUCCCGCUCCUCCAAGGCCCACAGCCAGAAGAUGAAGCUGGCCUGGGGUGGCAGCUAGCCGGCAGGCUCGGGGGACUGCUCCGGGCCAGGGGCCGGCUCCCACGCCGUCCCCCUUUCCCGGCCUCCUCCCCUUCCUUCAGGUCUCUCAGCCGCCCCGCGGCCGGGGGCCGGGCGGCUCCCGUUCCUCGGAGCCCAUCCUUCGGCCGGGCCCGGCCUCCGCUCCCCGUCGUGGCGGCCGACGAUCGGGGCGAGGGUCAGAGCACCCUUUCUGCGGGGAGAAGAGCCACCACGAUCCCCUUCCGCCGGCGGCCGGCUCCCGCGGGAAAUCACGCGGACCAGCGCCUGCUACUUUGUUAUCAUCGUUAUUUGGUUUGUUUUUUUUUUAAUCUGAAAACAAGUUGGGAAAGGCUUUACAAAAACAGUCGACCAAGAAACACAAAUUACGAAAAUAUCGAACCGGC